GAACAAUAACGCCAGCAAUUGUGCAGUGCAUAUAUCCACCUCAUAGACGGCAUACCUCCACAUCGCACACACUCUCCUUCCCAACAAUGACAGUAGACGACCCCGAAGCUCAGCCGCUGCUCAACGGCAAGCCUGCCGACCCACCAUCAGUAGCAGCAGAUGCAGAACCAUCUUCAACAGAGACGACCCCUCUCCUCCCUCCACAACCUGAACCGUCUACCUGGGCGCCGAAAUCCGACGCAGAUCCACCCCCUGGUGUACGCGUUAACCCUGAGGACCUGCCAGGCCAUGUCCCUCCUGAGGAACAGCGUCGCAGACUGAUCUGGUGGCUCAUCUUCUGGCUCGUCUUCUCUUCGUUCACCACUGUAUGCGUCGUACUCGCUAUAGUGAAAGGAGGCGCAAAGUUUGACUUCAUGGGAAGCUUGAAGAAGGCUAUCGGUGGUGGCGUCUCCGGUGCAGCAGCCAUGGUCAUCCAAGUACUCACCCUCAUGCCCCUUCGCACGAUCAUGAACUUCCAAUACCGUUUCGGAGGUACCAUGUUCUCUUCCUCCAAAGAGCUCUGGCGUGAAGGCGGUGUCACUCGGUACUACGCCGGCCUCACAGCCGCACUAUUUCAAGGCCCUAUCGCCCGGUUUGCGGAUACCUUUGCGAACGUUGGUAUCCUUGCGUUGCUCUCGUCGAACCCUGUGCUCGAGCACCUUCCGAGCCCUGCAAAGACCGCGUUCGCCAGCGUGGCUGCUGCGCUGUUCCGGACGAUCCUUGUACCGAUCGACACCGUCAAGACGACCAUGCAGACGCAGGGUCGUGCCGGGUGGGGCAUACUCAAAGACCGCGUGAAAGCAUACGGCAUAGGUACGCUCUGGUACGGCGCCAUCGCCACCGCCGUCGCGAGUUUCGUGGGCAACUUUCCUUGGUUCGCGACCUACAACUGGCUCAGCGAGGUCCUUCCUCCAGCGGAGGGAGUGCAGCGGUUACUCAGGCAGGCGUUUAUCGGGUUUGUGGCUAGUGUGGUUAGCGACUCGGUGAGCAACUCGCUCAGGGUGCUCAAGACCUAUCGCCAAGUGAACCAGAGCAAGAUCAGCUACUACCAAGCUGCCCUCAGAAUAAUCCAGUCCUCGGGGUAUGCCUCCCUCUUCCUACGAGGCCUCAGCACGCGAAUCCUCGCAAACGGCCUCCAAGGGCUGAUGUUCAGCGUGCUGUGGAAACUCUUCCAGGACAUGUGGGAGGGGAAGGUUGGGGUGUAGAGCUUGGACGGGGCGAGGGAUCUUUUGUUGGCGACUUGAAAGGAUGGAUAUGUAUCCUGUCACGGUAUUCUCGGUGUAACAAACAGUGUUCUGGGCUACUUGAACGGCAAGUCCCAAGAGCUGUGCUUGGUUGCUUUGUUGUGCGUCUAAACGAGUGCAUCAGUCGAUGUAUUACAAACAGAAAAAGAGGAGAGAUCUAGAGUGUGCCAAAUAGUAGUGAUCAAGAU